CGCCCCAGGGUUCACUGCGAAGGAAGAUCCAGAAAUCCAUUAAGAUUCCCUCAAUCAGAGUGCAACCAUGAACGGUUGCACAGACGAAGAAAGAUGCCUCCUUUUCUUCCAAACCUUACGGAACCGAGCUACUGAAUGGUUCAACAAGCUUCGCACAGGUAGAAGUGAUUCAUUCAGCGAUUUGGCCUCAAAGUUCAAGGCUAAGUUCCAGGAGAAUUGUACUAAGAGGAAGAAGUUCACAUAUCUUAGUACAGCCGGGCAGAGAGAAUCGGAGAAUCUCACUCAAUUCCUUACCCAGUGGAAAGAAGAGGUGGAUGAGGUUGAAGAGAUGGAUGACAAGACGGUUUUGUCUCUCUUCUUGAAUGGCUUGCAUGCCGGGGAACUAUACAAGGAGUUUUGCCGGAAGCCCCCGGCCACAUAUCAAGAAGCUUACCACAUGGCAUGGGAAUUCGCGGAGGUUGAAACCCAACUCCAGGCAAAGAAAGAGGCUGAACAUGGAUUCAAGCCCAAGCCGGUGCAGACCAAGAAGGAAGAAGCACCGGGAACUAGCCGCCCAAGGCACCACUAUGACCUGGUCGUUCGCGUGGUCAGCACAGAGGAGUGCCAGGAGAUAAGGAAAACACCGGUCAAUCCUCCGGAAAAUCCUACCGGUCAACCGGGACGACAAUGGUCGGGCACGUAUUGUUCGUUCCAUAGGUCAGAUUCCCAUAACACUUCCGAGUGCAAGAGUAUUAAGGGAGUCAUACGGCAAAUGAUAGACAGCGGAGAACCGGAUACCGCAUGUCCAGGGUAUCCAUCGAGAGGUUUUGAGAAUUUUAUGGUGAAACUUAUGGUAAGGAUUACUCUUAGCUUCGGCGACUUCACACCAAAGUGACAAUGCCACUGCACUCCCCACACUCUCUAGAACAGAAUGAUAUUAAACUUAUUAGAAACCAUCCUAAAUAUGACUAAAACAUAGAGAAAAGUACCAAAAUAGGACUUUCAUGUUUUUUUCCCGAAAUAAGAUCUUGCUUUGUGGUAAUGUAGCACUAUACAUGUUCACAUUACUAUACUUUUUUGAUAAUGUACAGGACCAUGUUAGGUAAUUUAAGUCCUAUUUCGGGAAUAAAAACAUGGAACUCCU